ACGAUAUUCACACUAUGUACAUACGCGACAUGAAUAUGACCAUGCACUUGAACUUGACAUUGCAAACAUUCAACUGACGGGAAACCCAGUAGCCUUGUAGCCUAAAGUCAUUGCUCAACUUCUAUAUUUUUGUAAAAAAUGGUACGAUUUACUAUUUUAGUGGGAAUUUCCAUAUUUUUUAUUGUGGGGUCAACUUCGGCAGCCAGUUUGGUUCAUCAAGCCGGAAUAUUUGACCAACCCCACGUUUUUCUAACGCUUAGCUCCGUUGCCGGAUUGGAUAACGGGAACGGUGAGUGGGCAGAUACUCAAUUUGAACUUAAUUGGUAUGGAUUUGACACACCGCAAGAUGGAGAUUGGGUCGGUUUAUACGACGAAAAUCCGACCUUGAACGCGUCCGCGGUACCGCGAGCUUCCAUUUUGGUAAAUUCUACCUCUGGGGAGAAAGGCUAUCAUAAGACGAAUAUUCGAUUUGGGCAUCCCCCGAUUACGUCGGAUGAUGAAGUGGGGACAGAUAAUUGUCUCGGAUACUGGAUAGCGUAUCAUAGAGGGACAAAUAUCCUGGUCAGCAAUUGUUUCAGAAAGUAUCCGCGUUGGAUGAAAAAUCUGAGGGAAUUUAUUGGAGGGAGGAGAAUUUCACAAUUGAUGAUCCCAGGAACGCAUGAUGCAGGUGCUAUACGAGUUUAUGAUGGGAUACCGGCAGAGAAUCCGUUUACAAGAUACAGUGUCACACAAGAGGAACUCCUAUACCGUCAAUUUGUCCAUGGUAUACGCUAUGUCGACAUUCGUGUCUCGCACUAUCCUGCAACUACGGAAAAAUGGUGGAUAAAUCAUGGCGAUGUCCGAUUCCAGCCGUUAGAAACCCUAUUUACCGCAGUCCGCCGAUUUGUCGAGGAGACGGGAGAAAUUAUUUUCAUGGAUUUUCACGGCUUUCCAGUCGGAUUUGAUAACUUGACGAUACACGACGCACUUCUUGUCUAUGUUGUGGAGCAAGUUGGCGAUUUACUCGUUUUGCAGAAUGCCGUUCCCACCGGAGACCCCACGCCAAAUCAAAUUUGGGCGACAAAUCGUACCGUCAUAUUGACAUAUCAAGUCGAUUCGGUGUCUGAACAGUAUCCUUUCUUGUGGCCGUAUUUGAUACAUGCAUGGGGAAACAAGAACACUGUUGAUCCUCUCGAGCAAUAUUUCGAACAAGAGGCGCUCCCACGCUACGGAUGCGCUGGCGUUUGGUGGUCCGCAAUGGCUGAAAUGACCACAACCGCGGAAGAUGUUCUUCUUCAACCGCUCGUCGGAUUGAGAGGAUUUGCACAAAGGAUAAAUCUUCCAUUAACGUAUUGGUGGAUGCGACCUACUUGGUAUGCUCGGAGCAUGAUCGUGUCCACUGACUUUUUUCUCGGAAACAAUAUUAUCGAAAUGGCAAUGAAAGUCAAUCGGGAACGGGCUUCGUGUCCUUCACUUUAAAAAAUCUUUUUAAAAAAUUCAAAAUUUAAAAAAUCUUUAAAAAAAUCUUCUUUGUGUGACAUAUUUUAACUUUCUGAAAGUAUAAAUAAAUAUUUUUUUAAUGUA